GGUGGCGGGACUAAACCCGUUUUACACAAGUAUGACUGAUUUGAAGUGAAAUGUUUUAUGCUUUUCAUUAAAUUGAGCAUGCUUACUUGAAAUUUAAGUGACUGUCCUAAUGAUCUGAAAGUGAUUGUGAAUUGUGAUUUUCCUGUUAACUUCUGCCUGUUUUGUCUCCGAUGUGGUCAUGUUAUUAGUGCCCUUGCUAGUAGGGGAGAACCGGUUCGUGAGUGACCCUGCUAGUGGGGGUUAUACACCAGCAAACAGUGACCCUGCUUGUGGGGAUUAUACACCAGCAAACAGUGACCCUGCUUGUGGGGAUUAUACACCAGCAAACAGUGACCCUGCUUGUGGGGAUUAUACACCAGCAAAUAGUGACCCUGCUUGUGGGGAUUAUACACCAGCAAACAGUGACCAUGCUUGUGGGGAUUAUACACCAGCAAAUAGUGACCCUACUUGUGGGGAUUAUACAUCGGCAAACAGUGCGCCUGCCAGUGGGUGUUAGACGCUGGCCGUGACCUAUAGAGGAGAUGUCUAUUUCGUUCUCGUAUUGUAUCCGUUUUUCGUGAUUGCACAUGUUGGCAUGCUAUAAGUUUAAUUAAGGGCACUCCAUAUUUACUUACUGAGUUUAUCUCAUAGUUUUUCCUUGUCCACCAUUUCAGGAAGUGAAACCAAGGACGUGGAAACCACGAGAAGUGACGAGUUAGAAAGCUAGCCAUUUCGAGAUUGAUAUAGAUUUUAGAAAUAAAUCAUGAUCUUGUAAGCUAGAGUGUAUUUGGAGAUGUUAUGGUAUCAGAGCAAAUUAUAAAAUUUGAUCUUCAGA